CAUUGUUUUUAUUUUUUUCUGUUCUCACUUUCUUUCUCCAUCAAUACCAUUACCAAACUUUUUCCCUCUCUGAAAAAUUCUCGUGCUCUCCCUCAAAUGCAGAAUUCCGAAUCUUAUUCAUAUCAUCAAAAUCGUAUUUCACCUGCAUAUCUAAUCAUCGUUUCCCCGGGAUUUCUAUAUCUCCUGGAGAAAGUUAGAAAAUUGGAAUUUUUUGUUUUUGUUUUGUAUUGAUGAUUCAAUUGAGUUUUUGUUUUCAUUAAGAAUUAUUUAUAAUUAUUAUUAUUUGUAUGGAAUUCAUGGUGAAAGAAAGAGGCGGAGGAAAUUGUGUGAAAACGAAGAGUAAUAAACUUAAUCUGGGGGAUCUGGUUUUAGCUAAGGUUAAAGCAGGAUUUCCAGCUUGGCCAGCUAAGAUUUGCCGGCCUGAAGAUUGGGAAAGAGAACCUGAUCCUAAGAAGUACUUUGUUCGAUUCUUUGGAACUGCAGAAAUUGCUUUUGUUUCGCCAGCUGAUAUCCAGAUAUUUAAUAAGGAAGCAAAGAAAAGAGUUGUAUCGAGCCUCCAGGAAAAGCCUGUUCAAUAUUUCGAAGCUGCUGUUAAGGAAAUCUGUGAGGCUUUUAAAGAAGUAGAAGCAAAUUUAAGUGGAAACAAGAGAAUUAUGGAAAAUCCCCAGGAAAGAUUAUUCUUAUCUGAAGAGCAAGCACAACUUAGAAAUGGAAAGCACAAAAUGGGUACUGCUGAAGAUUUAUACAGCGCGAAAAGGUUGAAACAUGUUUCUUUGGGUGAUAAAAGUGUUGUGAAGACAGUUGUUAAAGGAGAUAAACACAUAAAAAAUAAACUGUCCUCGCCAACCGUUAGAACUAAAAACUGUGUGGUAUCAAGAAUCGAAACAUGUAAUUUAGUAUCUACACCUGCUGGUGAUGAGAUUGUUUCUACACUGAAGCACCGUUGCCUGGAAUUUGAUGCGACACCCAAUUCAAAGGCUCAAGCUACUCCAAAUACAAACAAUAGAAAGGCGAAUAGACGGAAAAAUGGCAUGCCCAGGCCUGACUGUGAUACUCCUGUUGCCCAAGUCCACUCAAGGAGGAGAUUAGUUCAUCAAUUCGAUGAAAGUGAUGACGAAGAAGAGUGCCCAACUCAGCCGUGUACCGGAUCUUCUAAAGAAUUGAAGGAUGUGCUUCCAAAUGCAUUGGAUUCUGCUCAUAAUAUUGAUAAUAGCCAAACUCAGGAGGAUACUGGAGAGUGCAGAGUAAAAAAAUUGGUGUUAGGGGGAUUGGAGAAUAUUCCGAAUCCGACGCAAAAUGGGUCUGCUAUCCCAUGUCUCUCCCCUGGUCCUGUGAGAAUUGAAUAUCAAGAAGCAUCCUCUUCCUUGGGAUCGGAAAAUAAACACACCAUGAUUGGGGAUAAAAAUUUAGUUGGGUCACUCUCUACAACCAAAUCUGUAGAGCUCAAAGCAGCGAAGAGCCAGCAGAAAGCAUCUGACGCUUCUACACCCAGGAAACUUCAGCGCGGGAUAAGUAAAUGUUCAGGUCUGACCGGCAAGAAGAAUCAAAAUCAGUCGGCAGAUAAGACAAAUAGGCCUACCAAUUCAAGUGAUAACUUGAAAAUUACCUCAAGGCCUAAUCCUCAGUUGAAUGGUUCCAUCAUCGCUAUAGAGCAAUCUGUGGGUCCAAAUUCAAUUUCGCCUAUGAAGCAUCUUAUUGCUGCAGCACAGGCGAAAAGGAGAGUGUCCAACUUGCAAUCUUCUACCCAUGAUGGUGCUUUUCCCUCGACUGUUCUCAGUGCUUCUACAGUUCAGGGGUCGAGCCCAGUCCCUGCGAAAGGAACGCAUUCGGCGCUGUCCGUCUCUAGCACUGUGAUGCAUACAAAAGAUUUAUUUGCUAACAGAACUUCAACAUCCCCAUCUCCUCAUAACCAUCACAUCACGUCACAACAUCAAGCUGAUCCUGGACCUGAGGAGGGUAAAGUUGGUUCCCGAUCCCGGGCACCUUGGGAGUCAUCCAGUGGUAAUACUGAAGCAUCCGUCAUCCGGGAUGCUUUUGAAGGAAUGGUAGAGACAUUGACAAGGACAAAGGAAAGUAUUGGGCGUGCGACCCGUCUUGCUAUUGAUUGCGCAAAGUAUGAUCUUGCCAAUGAGGUUGUGGAACUUCUUAUCCAAAAGUUGGAGAAUGAGCCAAAUUUUCAUCGUAGAGUUGAUUUGUUCUUUCUCGUGGAUUCUAUUACACAGUGUUCACAUGGUCAGAAAGGAAUUGCUGGAGCUUCUUACAUUCCCACCGUACAAGCAGUGUUGCCGCGUCUUCUAAGCGCUGCUGCUCCACUUGGAUCUGGUGCUCAAGAAAAUCGUCGCCAAUGUCUCAAGGUUAUGCGUUUAUGGCUUGAGCGGAAAGUCCUACCUGAGCCGCUUCUUAGACGCUACAUGGAUGAUAUUGAAGUUUCAAAGGACAAUACAACAGCUGGAUUUUGUCUUAGACGGCCAUCUCGAGCUGAGCGUGGUGUAGAUGAUCCAAUUAGAGAAAUGGAAGGGAUGUUUGUUGAUGAGUAUGGGAGCAAUGCUUCUUUUCAGUUGCCUGGGCUUUGUUCUUCUCAUAUAUUUGAGGAAGAAGAUGAGGAAUAUCUCUCUACCAUUGCGUGUGAGGAAGAUGCAUCAUCGCCAGUAGAAGAAGUCACCCAUAAUUUGGACGAAGACCAGGAAACGCAUGAGCUCAUUCCAAGUGACGGGCGUCAUUGCGUAUUGGAGGAUGCUGACGGUGAUUUUGAAAUGGAAGAUGUUUCCUGUCAACCAGAUGUUGAGGGGACCAUAGUCUUCAGCAAUUCUUUUCUAGUGGAAUCCCAGGCAAAACAUUCAGGUAGCAAUUUUGAAAUGCCUCCAAGUAACUCAACCAAUCCCCUGCCUCUUUUUUCGGGUUCUCCUCCAUUACCUCUAGAUUCCCCACCUCCCCCACCACCUUUACCUCCUUCCCCACCACCACCAGCACCAUUGUCUCCACCACCCCCUCCACCACCAUCUUCAUCUCCACCUAUACCACCACCACCGCCAUCAUCGCCACCUCCACUUACACCUCCUCCACCAACAGAGCCAUCGCCGUCUCCAGUUUCUGAAGCUUUCUUGCUAUCCCAGCAAUCACUACCGUCAUCAUUGAGGCCUCAGCCAUCAUUACCAUCUUCACCCCCAUUUUUGUCUCCACUGACUCUGUCUGAAGAGUGUUUUACUCCUCCAAGUGUGAACCAAACAGCAGUGCCAUUGUCAUUGAGACCUCAGCCAUUGGUAAAAUCUUCUUCACCUUCAUUUUUGGAUCAACUAGCUCUAUCCGAAGAAUGUUUUACGCCUCCAAAUGAAUCUCAACAAUCACCACCAUCAUCAUUGAGAUCUCAGCAGUCACUAGCAUCGUCUUCACCACCAUAUUCGAGGCAACUAGCUCUAAAUGAGGAAUGCUUUACGCCUCCAAGUAGAACCCAAACUCUUCCAGUAUCUAGAAAUGCUCCACACAUUCGUUUAAAGCACGAGAUGUUUUCACAGCAUUCACCUCGCAUAGUCACUAGGGAUAAUCAAUCUGGCCAUCUUUUAAGGCCUUCCGUGUAUCGGCAAGGGGACAUGUAUCGAAGUGCUCAGGCAUCUGAUUCAAACAAGCAGUUUCAUGCAAGCAAUAUAUCUUAUCCUCGGAGACCGUAUCAGUCUGCACCCCCUGUAAAAGUCUCAUCUGAUCGUGCUUCAUACACGAAGCCUACAAUGCAGCACCAUUCACAGAAACAUUACCCCCAUCCAUAUUCAUAUGACUCCUAUUCGAAUGGUCGGAGGCAGCAUGCUACAGAUGAACGGUGGAAGGUGCCUUUAAGUGAUCGUAAUCCAGAGAAUCAUAAUAAUUCAGUUGCUGGAGGGAGAGUUCUGUCACGUACUGCAGCACAUGUGGUUCAAGAAGGCUAUUCGCGGUCUCUUCCUGAAAGGCCGUGCAGUAACAACAAGGGAUUCCAACUUGUUAUCCACAAUCCUACUACACCUGGGACUCGCAGAACAGGUCACGUACCAUCCAAGCUGACGCAAUCCAGAUAUCUGUACUCGUAAAUACUAAAACAGCAUAAAAAAUUAUCCUGUAGCUUUCCGUUUUCAUGAAGUAGGAUGUUCAUGUACUGUAAUGCUUCAAAAAAGGUGUAAGCAGAUGGAUGAACAAACCUAAAAGAUGGUGCGGAAUCUGGCAAACGCUCCUAGACUGUAUAUGCAUACUGUAAAUUGUUCUUGGUGACUCCGUUCGGCAAACUUCAUUGCUAGUGUAUUGUCAGCAACAAUGAUGUUCUCUAAGUUGCAACCAUCUAUAGGUUUUCGCUUCGGAUGCUGUUGGAGUAACGUGCGGAGCUCCAUGUAAAUUGCUGCAAAUGUAGAGCUGGGAGAGGUAAUACACAUUGCGUCCAAGAAUAUGGCCAUUGAUCUCCAUUUCAUAAUAGCUACAUUUAGUCAAAAGUCUGAAAACCGUGUUGAGGGAUUGUCCAGAUAACAAAGUGGAUCUGGAUAAUCUUUUAAAUCUCAACCAUCAAGCACGGUCCAAACUGACCCAAGGCUGUUUCGGUUCCCUCAAAUUUAAUAUCAUCCAUCAAAAUGCGAGCAAAAGAUGGCUUCUGAUUCAAACUAAAGUAAGGGUACAACAUAUGAACCCUUGGGAUUGCCCGUAAAAUCUCCCCUUCAAGGUAAGUGCCAGUUUUGCCAGUUUUUUAUUUUGUUCUUUCUCUCUUUGCAUAGUGGAGAAUGUUUAAGCUUGCCAAGCUUUAGGCAGCUCUUCGGACUCCAGCUUGUAAUCAUACCCACGAUUGGACUCAAAAAUUGUUUAGCUAUAUUCCCAAGGAUGAUGUAGGUCUGAGAGGCCAGAGAGCUUCUUUUGUCGUUUGGGUCCAGGAUGGAGAGCAAAAAAAGGAUGUCCAUACGUGAGUUCAAAUUUUUGAUCAUAAAAUUCAGUCAGGCUAUGCAACUGAUCUCAAUUCGCAUUGAUGUUCAUAUAAAAUGUCCGUUUGAAUUGUGCUAAAACCAGCUUAAAACAACUUUGUAAUCUUGAGAGAUAGGCUUUCAACUCCAUACCCCAAAUACUCUUUUGGCAUUUGCAGGAGUCUCGAGUCCAGACCAUGAAUUGUAACCCAAACCGAAAGGAAAAUAUGCUUUUUGGCUUUCGAGAUUCGGCAACUUGUCUGACCAGUACUUUGGCCAUGACUUCACAGCCCUUCUCUGUAGAGGAUUAUGAGCGUUGGAUCAAAUCCUUAUAGCAAAGCAAAGAUCCAAAAGAUGCCCGCCCACCCAUUGCACCAAGAAAGCUCCGUGAGAUUCAAUAAUUCUUCCUCCAACGGACAGCAACGUCCCGGUCAGAUGUUUGACGCUUGAUCAGGACAAAUCUGGUUGAAGUUUUCAAGAUCGAUCUUAAGAUUUUGACAAUUAGUUCAAGAAGAGAGAGAGAGAGAGCUGGGAUAUCAAACCAUAACACGGGAUGUAGCUCAAAUGGUAGAGCGCUCGCUUUGCAUGCGAGAGGUACAGGGUUCGAUCCCCUGCGUCUCCAUGAGUUUUAAAAUGAGAACA